CGGUGACAGCACUACCAACAUUACCAACGGAAUCCACCAUCUUGGGGCAGCUGAUAUUUGUUUGAGAUAAUCGAAAUUAGAAGAAAUAUCUAAAUAACAUCUCAAAAUGGGCUACUCCCUUAUCCCGAUCUUCGUUUUCUCCAUCCUUUGGGGUGUGGUUGGUAUUAUUUGCCCCAUCUUCGCACCUAAAGGACCAAACAGAGGGAUUAUUCAAGUGGUGUUAAUAUUAACAGCAGCGACAUGUUGGUUGUUUUGGCUGUGUGCUUACAUGGCACAGAUGAACCCUCUCAUCGGGCCCAGACUCAGCAAUGAAACCCUAAUCUGGAUUUCACGCACUUGGGGAAACAAAAUAAACAACACGCAAGCUUAAUCGUCGGACCUUAAAAGUCCCUGCAGAGGUUUAGUUGAGUGGUUUAAGAAUAUUACAUUGAUUGUUAAAAGUUACUAAUAAAUGCAAAUGCUUUUUAAAUUUAAACCCUAAAACAUAAUGUAAUAUAUUAUUAUGCCGUAUUUUAGUUUACCUCUAUAGUUCUAAGAUGAAUAAAGUUGAAUACUCUAUGAUGCACCGUUAAUCUGUAUUUGUGGCCAAUUUUUAUAAUCUGUGCCGAGGAACUGUCAUAUCAAAUUUUGACUGCAGUAUUAUUUUCUUUUCUCUUCUUAGAUUCACAAAUCGGGCAUCCUUAAUUGCUCCUUAAUUAAUCCUUGUUUGCGAUUGAAAGAAAAAAAAAACAAUAUACAAUUAAAAACUUUGUCGAAUCAUUCGAUACUUAAUCAUUCCAAAGAAUGUUUAAAUACUGAGUCUUAAAAAUAAAAUAAAACUGUAUUGUAGAUAUUGUAUGUGUAAUUCAAUAAAUUAUUUCGAUUA